AUGAAUGAAGUCACGGGAGAGAAGUACUGUUACUGGGUACGCUUGAUCUCCUGCUCUGUCUGUGGGGGCAACAAGAAGAGCACUGCCUCCAAACAUCGCCUGAGAAACCACAGCUGUAACAAAUCAUCUUUACACUCCCAUGUCUAUUCCAGCAGGUCCUUGCUUUGUGCCCCAGCUGCCAGCACACAAAAUCGAAGUCAUUUCAGUUCUGCAUUCAGUGGCUCAUUGUGGGAUCCUGGGAAGAUCAUUCUAUCAUUUUAUUUGGUACUAUUCUCCUACUCUGGUUGGGACACACUUAACUUUGUAACAGAGGAAGUUAGAAAUUCUGAAAGGAAUCUACCCCUAGCUAUUCUUAUUUCAGUGCCACUGGUCACCAUCUUAUAUGUACUGACAAUUCUGAGUUAUUACAUAGUGUUGGAACCAGGUAUCAUCAUCUCUAGCAAAACUGUAGCUAUGGCAUUUGCAGAAGAUACACUAGGAAUAAUGGACUGGGCUAUCUCAAUAGCAGUAGCUCUGUCUUGUUAUAGUGCCCUUAAUGCAUCAAUUAUAUUAAGCUCAAGGUUAUAUUUCGUUGCAGCCCAUGAAGGAUACCUGCCUCAAAUACUGGCAAUGAUCCAUGUAACACGAUUCACACCAAUCCCAGCACUACUCAUAAAUAUCCACAUAAUUUUUCCAGCCUUCUUCUGUGUAUGCAUAGUGGGCUUAAUAGCAGUGCCUGCAUACACCGACACUAUUAAUUCCCUAAUUGGGGUUGCAAUUGGACUGACAGGAGUCCCCGUGUAUAUUGUAGGACGAAUGGCGUCAAAGCUGAGAUACCCUGCUUUCUUACAGAUAAUUUCAGCUAAAUUCAUUAGAUGCACCCAGCUGCUCUUUUUCAGUGUGCUGAUUGAGAAAGAUAUCACAGAACAGGAAAAUGAAACUAAUAAGAAACAAAUAACUGAAAAUCAAUAAAACCAUCUCAUAAAAACACCUGCGCUCAAUAAUGUCCAGAGCUCAAUAAUGUCAAACUGAAUGAAUUUCUACUCUGCCAUUUAGUCUUCACUUCAAGUUAAAUCUUAAUUUUAAGUAAUUUAUUCAACAUUGAAAAAACAAGAAUUCAAUAUUCUGUAAAACCUAAUGUUAAAGUUUGUGAGGCUUAUCUGCUGCAGGAUUAAUUGGGGAGGCAGAGAGCAAUGUAGACAAUGGAUAAUGGUAUUUAGCUUUAUUGUUCUAGGAGUCAGUAGCUUAUCCAAAACACCUAUAAAGGAAUGAGUUAAUUUUAAAAAAAAUUGCCUCCAGCAGAGGAUAUUAUUGAGCCCUAUAAACUGAAAUUUGGAUUAAAAUAUUUUAAUCUGCAGUUUUGUUGUAAUUGCCCUAUUCUAAAUUUUAUUCUUUCAUUAUUUGUAUGUACAGUAAUUUUUCUGGGUUCUCUUUGCUCAGUAAUGUUGCAUUUACCAUACGACUGACAA